GAAACUGGUGAUGCAAGCGCUCCCACCCUUUUCUGAGAACACAGGACGCCUGACUCAGGCAGGCAGCAGCGGUGGCUCUUAAAACCGUGCAUCCCUGCUGGGGUAAGCACCGCCUGCAAACAUGAAGCCUGUCAGCUGGUGCUGGCUGAGCUCGGCUGUCCUUGCCGCUUUCAGCUUGUUGGUUGCAGGAAACAAUGAAACGGAGGAAAUUAAAGAUGAAAGGAUCAGGGAUUCCUGCCCAGUGAGACUAGAAAGCAGCGGGAAAUGCGAGGAGGGCGGCGAAUGCCCCUACCAGGUGAGCCUGCCCCCUUUGACGAUUCAGCUCCCCAGGCAGUUCAGUAGGAUCGAGGAGGUGUUCAAGGAAGUCCAGAACCUCAAGGAAAUGGUAAAUACCCUGAAGAAAUCGUGCCAGGACUGCAAACUGCAGGCUGACGACAGCCGGGCCCCCGGCAGAAAUGGACUGCUGUCACCUAGCCCAGGAUCCCUGGGAGAAGCUGAUGACAACAGAGUACAAGAAUUAGAGAGUGAGGUGAACAAGCUGUCCUCUGAUCUCAAGAAUGCAAAGGAGGAGAUCGACCUGCUUCAGGGUCGCCUGGAGAAGCUCAAUCUUGUAAAUAUGAACAAUAUAGAAAGUUAUGUUGAUAGCAAAGUGGCAAAUCUAACUUCGGUAGUCAACAGUUUGGACGGCAAGUGUUCAUCCAAGUGUCCCAUUCAAGAAGAAAUACAGUCACGUCCAGUUCAACACCUAAUAUAUAAAGAUUGCUCUGACUACCACACAAUAGGCAAGAGAAGCAGUGAGAUCUACAGAGUUACACCGGAUCCCAAAAACAGUAGCUUUGAAGUUUUCUGUGACAUGGAGACCAUGGGGGGAGGCUGGACUGUGCUGCAGGCCCGUCUCGACGGAAGCAUCAACUUCACCAGAAUGUGGCGAGACUACAAAGUAGGUUUUGGCAAUCUCCGAAGAGAAUUUUGGCUGGGGAAUGAUAAAAUUCAUCUUUUGACCAAGAGUAAGGAUAUGAUUCUAAGAAUAGAUCUCGAAGACUUUAAUGGCGUCAAGCUCUAUGCCUUAUAUGAUCAGUUUUACGUGGCCAAUGAGUUUCUCAGAUACCGUUUACACGUUGGUAACUAUAAUGGCACAGCUGGAGAUGCCUUACAUUUCAGUAAACAUUACAACCAUGAUAUGAAGUUCUUCACUACCCCAGAUAGGGACAAUGAUCGAUAUCCCUCGGGGAACUGUGGGCUCUAUUACAGUUCAGGCUGGUGGUUUGAUGCAUGUCUUUCUGCAAACUUAAAUGGCAAAUAUUAUCACCAAAAAUACAGAGGUGUCCGCAAUGGGAUUUUCUGGGGCACCUGGCCUGGGAUAAGUGAGGCACAGCCUGGUGGUUACAAGUCCUCCUUCAAAGAGGCCAAAAUGAUGAUUAGACCCAAGCACUUUAAACCAUAAAUCACUAAUGCUCAUUUCUCUCAGUAUUCAUUACCUAAUAGGGCAAUUAAUUCUUUCAGCACUUUGGAAUGUAUUUCAUACUCCUUUUCUAUGACUAAAAAUUUAUCUCUUUAAGCAGUGGGUUCUUAUGCUACACAGCAUUUGAAAUAAAGCUAAAGAAACAUACAUUUUAAAGGAGUUCUUUGUUGCUGUUACACUGUUAUCCACAUGAAUACUUGCAAAAGCAAGUGGGAUUAUUGAGAAUUACACAAGUAGAUUUAUGAUUUUAAUUUCUAUAGUUGAAAAGCUUUCUAUUUACUUGUAUUACUCACUAUAAUUAUGAAAUCAUUGUUUAUUUAGCAGGCUGAAUUCUUAGACAAGUAAUCUGAAUUUUUAUUAUGACUUAGAGGCAUUUAAAGAUUGAUCACUCUUUUUAGGCUGUCCUCAGUUAUUGGGUAUUUCUUUGUCUCUGAAUACCCUAAUCCAUAUUCUGAGAUAAACUUUCUCAAUUUGCGACAUUUACUUUGGUAUAUAUAUAUAUAUAUAUAUAUAUAUAUAUAUAUAUAUAUAUAUAUGUAAAACCUGCCCAGGUAUUAUUUGUGAAAUGUAAAAUAUUUGUCAUUUAAAAUAUUUUAAAAGUGUUAGCAUGAUGUCACUACUAAAAGCAUUCAGAAAAUUCAACCAUAAAGACCCUGUUUUAAAGGUAAUUAAUUCACAGUUAAUAACGCUUUAGGUGUUGCAUGGUGAAAACUACUUUAAUAUAAAAGUUAGCUUCCUUUGCUCUGUAUGCACAACGGUUUUUAAGAUUGUUCACUACUGUGUAUGACUACUGGUAGGCUUUCUUUGGAAGGAUAGGUAUGGGUGGGGAAUAAGGCAUGUGUUUAUAGACUAGAAUAUUCUGAAGGCCAAAGCAUUCAUAUCCAAAGCAAUAGUGAUUCGCUUCAUUAAAGCUAAGUUUUAUGGGACAUAUAAAUUUUGAAAUAUAUAGUACUUCAAAUAUUAUGUAUUUUAAUCCUAACUCUGGUGUAUUGCUUAUUUUUUUUAGAAAUUUAAAUACAAGUGUUUAUUUUUUUAACCAAACUAAAAUAUCUAAAACUUUUAUAAUUCACCAAUUCUGGAGUGUAGGUAUCACUUUUAACUACAAAAGUAGUGUGUUAAAUUUCAUCACCGUAAAAAGAGAUCAUUUCAGAGAGAACAGUAGAAUUCUGUUGAACAUUGAAAAAAUUCUCUAGAAUAAAAUUUGAAUAAAAUAAUGUAUAUGAGUCAUAGAAAUAUAUUUAAUCUUUAAUUACUAGUUUGUUUCUACUGCCAUAACCAAGUUUUCAAAAUAAACGCACAAAGAUGCAACUUUACUCCUUUGAAAAUGAUUAAGGAGGAUAGUUGCUUUAGGUAACAAAUUAACUUUUUCAAAUAUUGCCUUUUACAGAAAAUUCUAACCAAAGAGAAGCAUGAUAUUCUUUUUAAAAAAUACAUGUAUGAGAUACAAAGUUUUCAGGUAUAGAUGAUAAAAAUUAGGUUAUUAUGAACACUAUUAAAAUGUUAAAGCAAGAUAAAUGCAGAUAGAAUUAUGAGACCAAAGUGUAAAACAUCAUUGUAGAUUUCAAAGACUUCAUAUCUACUCAAUAGUUUAAUAAAUGUAACUGAUUUACUCUUCAUAUCUCUCUCUUUUAAAAGAAGAUUACACAGAUUUUUAUAUUAUAUAAUGUAUUUAUUUCAGAUAAGAAGAUUUUCAUUUAUUAUAUUUAAUUAUUAAUAUGUGUAGGUUUAAGUAAAUUUAUGUGAUCAAAAACUGACUCAUGAGGCCAGAUCUUAUCUUCUAAAACUUCUAUUUCUCGCAAUGAAAAAAAGAAAAAAAAUGGACUCUUCACAAAAUAACAUUUCUAAAGAAAAGUAGCUCAUACACUGAGUGUCCAUCAACUUAAUGGGAACAGGGUAUCAUUUCAGGAGAUUUGACAAAUAAUUCAUUAAUCCAUGUAAAUACUCAAAAGCUUGUCCUCUUAUCUUUCUACCUUUCAAAGGAUCAAAUUUUAUUUUCCAUUAACUUUUAUGGUAUUUUCCUAAUAAAAAGUCUUGUGACAUAGAAAUUCCUUUUUAGAAUCAUUUCUUUUUUUUAUUUCAUGUCUUUUAUAGAAUAUAUAUUAUACUUUGAUCAUCUUUAACAUGUUGAUGAAAAUAGAUUAUAUCUGAGAGUCUUUUGCCUUAACUAUUCACUAAUGUAUGUAAAUGUUCAUAAAUAUGGAUUGAUUAUUAACAAAUAUUUCAGAGUCUUUGUUCCAUUUUAAACGCUAAUAUUUAUCUUAAGACUUUAUUUCUAAGCUUUAUCAUUCUUUGAAAAUGUUGACUAAAAUUAGUCCUUAGAAAAUCCAAGUGAAACUAAUUCACUCAUUGCUGAGAAGAAAAAUUAAAUUUUUCUUAUAAGCAGUAACACUUCAAAUGAACAGAUGACACAUCUUUCCAGUAAAAAAAAAGAGCUUAAGUAUACAAAGUAUGAAAGAUAUCCUAGAAACAAAAUUUUCCAGUCCUUAUUUUUUAAUGGCUACUCAAGGAAAGGUUUUAAGGGUGCCUGGGUGGCUCAGUGGGUUAAGCCGCUGCCUUCGGCUCAGGUCAUGAUCUCAGGGUCCUGGGAUCGAGUCCCGCAUCGGGCUCUCUGCUCAGCAGGGAGCCUGCUUCCCUCUCUCUCUCUCUCUGCCUGCCUCUCCAUCUACUUGUGAUUUCUCUCUGUCAAAUAAAUAAAUAAAAUCUUUAAAAGUAAGAGUUAUGGGUAAUGUCAUCAUGAUAAGCUUUUGUUUAAAAUUCUUUUUUUUAAUGUAUAAAUAGGCUUAUGUCUUUAACAAUCCUGUAAAAUAAAAGUUUUAAUCUUCACAA